CGUGUUGGCCUUCGAUUUAUAUCCAAUGUCACUGAGGACGCUGUAAACUGUUAUAGAUUACGCGGCGCAUUAAAAAGGGCAAACGGAGAUUUUAUUGAAUAAAGCAGGAAAAGAACGAAUCGAGAGAGGAGAGUAAAAGAUACGCCCUCGCCACUGAAAAAAACAAGCUCGGAACUCAAUAUCAAAAUGACCCCGUCAACAGCGCCACAGGUCAAAGACCCCCGGCGCAUCCUCCUCAUCGCCCCCUCUGACGCAACCGCCAGCACAUUCCUCAAAGAUCUAACAGGCACCGCGCCACCGCCCCCCAGUGCAGAAGUGGGGACCCUCGCAGGUUCAUCCCACCCGCUCAGUCUAAAGACCACAUAUUACGUAGCAGACGUCCAGAUAUGGAUUGACAUCAUCAAUCCUGAUGGGAUCAAUGUGUGGGCGGACAUGUUUUGCAAGAAAGAGGCGGCAGAGGUCCUUGCCGCGGUUGGAGGGUACGUGGUUCUCCUUAACCGUGGGAAAGGAAGGGCAGGAUGGAAUGAGUUGGAGAGGGUAUUGAAGGAAGUAGAUAGAGUGGCCAGUGUUUCUGAAGGAGACGCGGGGGAGGUUGUUCGUCUCGGUGUUCUCCUUGAUGCCACCGCUGGGGAAGAUGACAAGGGUUGGGCAGAGGGCUGGGAGGUCGUUGAUGGGGCUGCGACGGGAAAGGAUGAGUCCGGUGAGGUGGUGGGUGUGGACAGGGUUAGAGAGGCAUUGGAGGCCAAUGAGUGGAGUGGCGGGGAUGGGGGGGUAGAGGGAUUGGAGAAGGAGUUGGGGUUGGGGUUUGAAGGGGACUUGGAGGGCGGGUUUGAGAUUGGAGAGGAGGACGUGGAGGGGAUGAGGAGGCCGAUUUUUGGGAAGGAUGUCGAGGAGGAAGAGGAGAGUGUUGAGGGGUUGGAGGCGUUAAUGUUGAAGAUGCAGGCUAUGCGAGAUCUAGGUGCUGGUAUGCCAGAAGCCGAGAGGAAGAAGUUUGCCGCAAAGGCGGUUAGAGAUUUAAUGAAGACGUUAUGAUACAUGAUUCUAUUUUGCUGGUUUCCGAGAACUAUGACAGACUGUCUUGUUUUUGGGAUGGCAAGAGCUAAGAACUCAGAACCAUACCAGUACUGAAGGGAUGGAAGGAACGAUGCUGUCCCAAACCCGAAAGGGCGGGAAGGAACGAUGCCGCCCAAAAACUGAAAAAGAGGGAAAAAACGACCCAUCCCUCAAAAUAAUAACAUGGGAAGGCGCAUCCAUUGCUCCUUCCUUAACAGGCGUUCAUUCCCUUGCCCGGCACGUGUCCACACACUAGUUGCACGACACGAAUAUCAUGCUUCCGUCAACCGUUUUCAUGACGGCGUUGAAGUGAUCUAUGCAGCCAUGUUACAAUAUACGAAUCUUCGAGCAAACGCAGCGCUACUCGCGCCUUUCAUUUCCAUUAUAAUAUACAGUAAGCC